CGACACUCUGUCUGGACAGUCCUGAUUGUCCCUGUGCUGAUCACAUGCACCCUCCCAAGAAAAAAAAAAAAAAACCGCUCUAGCAGUACAUACCAAACUGAGAAUGUGCAGAGUACCCCCAAAGCUCUGCUCUAUAAGGAGAUGAAAUGGGGAAAGUGGAAGAAAGGGAGGAUCAGAGAAGACAAGAUCAAACAUUUUACACAAUGCAGAGAAUUAACUCCUUAAGUUCCACAGUGAGUAUAACAAGCAUGCUCUACUGCAUAUACAGACUGAUUUUACUGUUGUGGGUUUAGUAACACUU